AUGUCGCAGGAGUCUCCCGACAACGAUGUAGAUCAAUCCAUCAAAUCAACGUCGUCCCUGUCGGGGUCGAUUGAAAACGAAGCCCUGGUACAAUCGUUGGCCGCCACCGAAUCCUACCUGCCCGCCCCGAUAGACCUCAAUAUAAAUGGAGCCGAGCAAAUUGAGCUGGAAAGUCUGCGGUGGGAAAACUACGACCGGAUGCCGGAAAGUGUGAAGCUGACGAACACGGGUGAAACGGUGAUACUGAGUGCGCGAUGGGCCGGAGGUAUCCGACCGUUUAUGCUCGGGGGUCCGUUGGCCGACCGAAGGUACGUGUUUUCCCAGCUUCACUUUCAUUGGGGACUUUCGGCGCUGGACGGAAGCGAGCAUACGAUCGAUGGCUACCCGAUGCCGCUCGAGCUCCACGUGAUACAUUUCGACGAACGGUUGGGCGACCAGAGGGCGGCCGAGAGCGUCCCUGGUGGGGUCGUAUGCCUGGUGUAUCUCUUCCGCCUUCAGUCGUCCGUCAGUCGCUUCAUGGAGCCGAUCGUGAACGGGCUGAAACGCGUGCGACUUCCCAACUCGUACGCCCACCUCGAGCCCUUUCCACUCGACCAGCUGUUCCAUACGUUCUCCGGCGAGUACUUCCUCUACUGGGGUAGCACAAUCGCUCCCGGGCCACCCGCUUAUCUCGUGCCGAUGCUGUGGAUCGUCUCCCGGACCCAGGAACGGCUCAGUUUCCGGCAGUUGAAGCAGUUCAAUCGCCUGCUGAAUCCGCGGAUGCUCACGCUGGUACCAUCACCCCGAGCGGCCACCUCGCACGGAAGGCAUCUGUUCCACGUCAACCCGACGACUCCAAUGGCGGUGGCCACGCUACGAACCGAACCGCCGCCCAAAUACCUGCAAGCUCACCGGGACACGGAUCGGAUCGAUGUGGACUGGAACUCACCGGACGCUUGUCGCCGGUACGUGGCACUCGUCCGGGAAGAGCUGGCGAAGAAACGUAACCAAUUUGACACGGAAAACUGCCCGGAAAAUAGUGGGAAAAGCUAA